CCCGGGCCACUUCCAGCCGGGCAAGUACUUCCCCUCGCCCAUCUCCAUGGCGGCGCACACGGCAGGGAGCAGCCUGAUGGGGAACUCGCCCGCCUCGUCCUUCAUGGGGAGCUUCCUGACCAGCAGCCUGGGCUCGGGCGCCCCAGCACACCCUGCCGGCCCCGCCUCGUCCCCCUCCGAGCCGGCCUUCCGCGGCCCCCACUCCGGCACCUCCCAGCUCUGGUUCUCGCACUCCCACGAAGCCCCGGGGUACCCCAGGUUCUCGGGGAGCCUGGCUUCCACCUUCCUUCCCAUGAGCCACCUGGAUCACCAUGGAAACGGCAACGUCCUCUACGGCCAGCAUCGCUUCUAUGAAAGCCAGAAAGACAACUUCUACCUGAGGAACCUGCCGGCACAGCCCGCCCUGCUGUCGACCAACCACAACUUCCCCAGCAUGGCGCGGGCAGCGCCGGGGCACCCUGUGGGCUCGUGCAGCCGGGACCGGGAGCCCAGCCACGGCCCCAAGGCCCACAAGGACUACGAGCGCUUCCUGGCAGCCAAGGAGAAGGGCGGCAAGGGCGAAGCCAAGGAGCGGGCGCCCGAGGAGGACGGCAAGGAGAGGCACAAGGCCGUGCUGCCGCUGGUGCCCGACGGGCACUGCAAAGAGGGGCCCCCCCCACGCGGCGCCUGCGAGACGCGGCCCAAGCACCUCCCCGCCUGCCUGGUGAAUGCCAAGGUGCUGGCUGCUGAUGCCACCAAGUCCCUGCUGCCCAGCUGCACCGGCGGCGGGGCCCUGCCGCGCCACGGCACCAUGCCCCCCGGCCGCUGCACCAAGGAGCGGGACCUGGCUCCCCAUGAGUCGCCCCAGCCCUACGGCGAGGGCGUGGAGCGGCGGCAGAUGCUGCACCACGCCGUGUCCUACACGGUGCCCCCCAGCCUGCCCGCCAGGCCGCCCCCGCUCAGCAGCGCGGCCGGCUCCUUCCCCUGCCUGCAGCUGCACGCUGGCCCCAACGGGCUCUGCCCCUUGCCGGACAAGGCCGGGCGGGAGCUGAAGAUGAGCGGGGCCACGCUCGUGCCUUCCGUGGGGCACCUGGCCGACAAGAGCCGGUCCUUCCAGGUGCCCUCGGAGCCCUGCGGGCUGGAGCGGGCCGAGGUCAAGGACCGGCACGGCGAGCUGGGGCCCGAGCACGGCGCCAGCGCCUACGCCAACUCCUUCCAUGCCCUCAAGGCCGAGGCCAAGGUGGAGCGGCGACUGGAGUGGGGCCCCGGUGCUGGUGCCCGCCUCAAGGGCCUGGAGUACCUGGGCGGCACUGGCGCCGAAGCCCCCUACGCGCCCACACCCAAGGGCGGCUUGGACAAGGGCGGCUACUUCGAGAUGGCGCCGGGGCCCGACUGCGCCCGCGCCAACCCCCCGGAGGGCCUGUGCGUGGCGCUGAGCCAGGCCUGCUGCACUUUAGACAAAGCCGGCAAGGAGCCCACGGGCCCCGGCGUGCAGAAGGUGGCCCGCAUCCGGCACCAGCAGCACGCGGGCCCCGACAUGGAGCCGGCGGGGGGGGGCCCCGAGGCCAAGCGCAAGCCGCCGGAGCUGAGCUCCCUGGCCUGCGUGGGUGAAGUGGGGGGGAAAUACUCAUGGGAGGUGUCGUCCCCCAGCCCCAGCAGCCUCCGACCGUGCACGGUUUGCUCCCCUGCAGGCAUCGGGCAUCCAGCCCUGCACCAGAACCUGCCGCCCGGCUUCCCCGCCUCCAUGCCCAGCGCCAUGCAGUCCGUGUUCCCCCUCUCCCAGGAGCCCCCAGCCCAGCUGGUCAUCCUGCCCACGGAGCCCACGGCCCAUGGCGCCCCGCACACGUUGGCGGACGUCACGGACCGGGCGUCGCUGUGGCCGCCCAUGUACGCGGGCCGGGGCCCCGGCUCCCACCUGCAGCACGCGGGGCAGCUGCCCGUGUACUCGCGCUCCCAGUUCCUGCGGCAGCAGGAGCUCUACGCCCUGCAGCAGCAGCAGCGGGCGGCCCAGGCGCUGGAGCUGCAGAGGCAGGCGCAGAUCCAGCGGAAGCCGGAGGAGCAGCACAUGGAGCUGGAGGAGCUGGGCAUGGAGAAGCCCCUGAAGCCGGCCCACAAACCAGUUGCCUUCAACCCCCCGGCCAAGGGCGGCCCAUGCCCCGCCAAGCUCUCGCCCUGCUGCCACUCGCCCCCACUGCGGCACCUGCCCAAGUGCCCUCCGGCGCACCCCGCGGCCCCCUGCACUUUACCCGUCUGCCCGGCCGCCAGCUCGGCCGUGGCCCCGCGCUCCCCGGCUGUCAGCCCCGUGCCCUCGCAGAGCUCCAAAGGGACCGACGUGGAGGACAAGAGAGGGGAGGGGCAGCCCCCCCAGGACUACCCCCCCUCGCUCGAGCCAGGUAGGAGCAGGGGGCACCAGGGACCCUGGCACGGGGCAGCUUGGCGUGGCCUUUGCUCCACACCGAGCCACGGAGCCCGGCUGCAGGGCCCCCAUCCCGUGGCACGGCCUGGCCAGCUCGGGGCAGAGGGCAGAGCUGACCACGUGCGCCUCCCUGCAGACCUGCCCCCCGGCUACAGCUACCCAGCCAGUGGGCUGGGCUACGUGUCCCCGCUGGCGCCCGACGCCCACUCCGCCUCUCCGGCCGACCCUGACACUAUGCAAGCCGCCUCCCCGGCCGCGGAGCCCGAGCAGUCCCGGACGUUCCCCCCUGCCGAGGUGGGCGCCGUGGUGGUGCGGGCCGAGGUGGGCGCCGUGGCCGAGGCCGAACAUGCUGUGCCGCCCCUGCGGCAUCACCACCUCCUGCUGCCCCCGGGGCCAGCCUGCGGGGAGCUAGCGCCCGUCUCGGGGCAGGUGCCGCCCUACAGCCCCCUGCCAGGCGGGACAGGCCUGGAAGCGAUGCCAGGGGGCACGGAGGAGCUGGAGGGCCCUCCACCGCUCACCGCGGAGGAGGAGGACGAAGAUGAAGAGGUGUCGGAGGGCAGCGGCGAUGAGGAGCUGGAGGGCGACGCCUCGAGCGGGCACCUGGGUGGGCUGGACGCGCUGAUCGCCGCCAGCAUCGGCCUGGGGGACCUGCCUGCCCUGAGCCCGCGCCCUGCGGCCUGCCCCUGCGGAGCCGGCGUGCCGGGCAUUGCCCUGCUCAGCGAGCUGGCCGAUCUGGAGCUGCAGCAGCGCCGCUGCGACUCGGCUGCCCCAGUGGAGGACGAAGACCUGCUGGCUUUCAACCUGCAGCACCUGGCCACCAUCGCAGCCGCCUGGGCACUGGUCCCCGCGCCCGGGCCCCACGCCGCAAGUACACCUGGGCCCCCAAGACCAAGCCGGUGAGUAGCCCACCUUCCCCUCACCCCCGGGCCCAGUCCGGAGCCUCCUCCAGUGUGCCCGCUGAAGGCCGCCAUCGAGCAGCUGGACACGCAGGAGGUGGAGAUGCGGAUGCGGCUGGCGGAGCUGCAGCGCCGCUACAAGGAGAAGCAGCGGGAGCUGGUGAAGCUGCAGAGGCGGCAUGACCACGAGCGCGAUGAGAGCUCCCGCAGUCCGGCCCGGCGCGGCCCCGGGCGGCCCCGGAAACGCAAGCACUGCAGCACGCUCAGCGCCCUGCGCCAGGCCAGCGCCCUCGGCAAGGCCGACAGCCGGAAAGUCAAGUCGGUGAAGGCCAGCCUGUCCCUGCUGUGCGCCGAGCUGCGGGGCGACACCGAGCCCAAGAAGAAGCGGAGCAAGAUGGGCGAGGAUGCCUACGGCAGCCUCAAGAGCUCCCAGGACAAAGUGCGGUGCAAGAAGAGCGGCUCUCAGAGCAAGCUGGUUGCCAAGGUCUCGCAGCUGAAGCAGAAAGUGAAGAGCAAGGCGCUGCCCGCUGGCCUCGGCCCCUUCCGCCGGAAAGACCCCGCCGCCGGCAGCCGCAUCCAGAAGAAGCUGCCGGGCAGCCGCAUCCAGAAGAAGCUGUCCGGGGCCAAGAGCUCCAAAGCGGGCGGCUGCUCCAAGUACCCGCUGCCGGGCCCCGAUGCCCGGGACCCCCCCGACUUCCACGGCCAGGCCAGCCCGGGGGCCAGCGGCACAGAUGACGACCCCGACGGGGACUCGGACAGUGAGGAGGGCGACGAGACACUGCUGCCCCGUGACCCCCCUGGGCUGGCCCUGCUGCCCGCCAGCCCCCCCGCCGUGCUGGGGCCCUCCCCGUCCUCCGUGGUGAAGAUGGAGGCCAACCAGAAGGCCAAGAAGAAGAAGGAAAGGCAGGGGUUACUAGGGCUGUGCCGCAUCUCCAGCCCCGAGGGCGAGGUCAAGAUCAAGCGGCGCCCGGCCAAGCCCAGCGUGGGGGCGCUGGAGAAGGUGCCCGCCCGGAAGAAGCCGGGGGCCUGCGAGGGCAGCGCCAAGAAGAAGCUGAAGGGCAAAGCCAAGGAGAGCCUGCGGGAGCCGGGGCAGCCCAGCCCCAGUCCCCCGGCCCUCGGCCCCUUCCCCGGGGCUGAGCCCAGGUCGCUGGGGGCCAGGGACGACGGGGCGAAGAUCGCCAGCGAGCGCCUCAAGAAAGCCACGCGCAAGAGCAAGGUGCUGCAGUCGGCCCUGCGGCGGAAGAACGGGGCGCUCUCGCUGGCGCUGUCGCCCCGCAACGCCAAGGCCAUCCUGAGCAAGGGCAAGAAGCUGGGCAAGGUCAAGAGCAAGAUGGCCACCAAGCAGAGCAAGGGCCGGGCGGUGAGCCGGCUGCUGGAGAGCUUCGCCGUGGAGGACGACUUCGAGUUCGAUGACAACAGCAGCUUCUCGGAGGAGGAGGAGGGCGCCCCGGGGGCAGGGCUGGGGCUGGAGCGGGGGCGCGGCACCCGCCGGCGCAUCUACUCCCAGGAGCAGCUGCUGCAGGAAGCCGUGCUGGACGUGCGGCCCCCGUCGCGCCGGUGCCUCUCGCCCGGCACCCGCGUCUGCGCCUACUGGAGCCAGAAGUCCCGGUGCCUCUACCCAGGCAACGUGGUGCGAGGCUCCUCGAGCGACGAGGAUGAUGACCCGGACGCGGUGAUGGUGGAGUUUGAUGACGGCGACACCGGGCACAUCGCUGUGGCCAACAUCCGCCUCCUGCCCCCCGACUUCAAGAUCCAGUGCACGGAGCCCUGCCCAGCGCUGCUCACCUCCAGCAUGUGCCGGCGGACGAAGCGCUCCUCCAGCGACCUGCCCCCGCCCGGCGACUCGGCCCCCAGCCUGUGCCCCGAGGGGCGCGAUGCUCCUGAGCCCCCCAAGAACCCCGGGAAGAAGGCAGCCAGCAAGGAGAAAGCUGGCAAGGCGGAGGCGCUGGGUGCGGGCGCGCGGGCAUCGGCCCCGAGCGAGCACUUCCCGGGCCGGCGCGGGAGCCCGCUGCUGAGCUGGGCCACCGUGGCGCAGGGCAAGCGGAAGGCAGCGGGCAAGGGUGCAGCGGUGCUCCAGGACCUCUUCCAGCUGAGCAGCGGUGCCCGGCGGCUGCGGGCCAAGGAGGCGCUGUUCACCCCGCACCACCACCACGCGGCCGCCCCCGUCUUCGGCACCGGCUUCGGGGCCGACUCCUUCAGCCGCAUCGCCAGCUCCUACGCCGCCUUUGGCCCCGGCGCCGGCCUGGCACUGCCCGGUGCCCACAAGCUGCUGCGGGCCAAGCGGCUGGAGGCGGAGGCAGGCCGGGCUGGGCGGCGCCGGGCGGGCGCCGAGUGCCUGGUGAAGCUGGACCACGAGGGCGUCACCUCGCCCAAGAGCAAGGCCUGCAAGGCGCUGCUGGCGGCCGACCGGGCGUUCGGCGCUCGGGCGCUGCCGGGCCAGGGCUACGGGCCACCGGGGCUGGCGGGCAAGGAGCGCAAGGGGCGGGCACCGGCGCACCCGCUGCCCGUGGGGCUGGCGCUGCGCAAGUUCGGGGGCCAGGGCGAGUGCGGACCGCACUGCGACAGCGACUGCCACAGCUCGUACUCGGAACCCGAGGAGGACGAGGGCCCCGGGGCGCUGGGCACGGCCGCCGUGCCCUCGCGCUUCCUGGCGCGGCUCUCCGUGUCCUCGUCCAGCUCGGGCUCCUCCACCUCGUCCAGCUCGGGCUCGGGCUCCACGUCCAGCCUCUGCUCCUCGGACAACGAGGACUCGUCCUACAGCUCCGAUGACGAGGACUCGGCCCUGCUGCUGCAGACCUGCCUGUCACAACCCGUGCCCGCCCUGCUGGCCCCCGCCGCCCAGGCCCUGCGUGCCAAGGGGGGCGCGCCGCCUGCCCGCUGCUUCCUCGCCAAGGCGGCUGUGGCCAGCGCCAAGGCCAAGCUCAAGCGCAAGGAGGCCCUGAGCUUCUCCAAAGCCAAAGAGUUCUCCCGGAGGCAGCGCCUGCCGUCGGUGGAAAAUCGGCCAAAGAUCUCCGCCUUCCUGCCGGCACGGCAGCUCUGGAGGUGGUCGGGGAACCCCACGCAGCGCCGGGGCAUGAAGGGGAAGGCGCGGAAGCUGUUCUACAAGGCAAUUGUGCGGGGCAAAGAGACACUGCGUGUCGGGGACUGCGCCGUGUUCCUCUCGGCCGGGCGGCCCAACCUGCCCUACAUCGGCCGCAUCGAGAGCAUGUGGGAGUCGUGGGGCAGCAACAUGGUGGUCAAGGUCAAGUGGUUCUACCACUGGGAGGAGACCAAGCUGGGCAAGCGGCACAGUGACGGCAAGAACGCGCUGUACCAGUCGUGCCACGAGGACGAGAACGACGUGCAGACCAUCUCGCACAAGUGCCAGGUGGUGGGGCGCGAGCACUACGAGCAGAUGACGCGCAGCAAGAAGUACCAGGACCGCCAGGACCUCUACUACCUGGCCGGCACCUACGACCCCACCACGGGCCGCCUCGUCACCCCAGAGCGCCCUUAA